CUCGAGAUUGACAGUGCUGGAAUAGACACAGGCUGGUCUAUAUUUGAUACUCUCUCUUUUCUACAGUCAGAGCUCCGAACAGCUACGUGUUACACGAGUUCUAGUCGUCAUAUUCGCCACUGUCAGUCUAUCUACAGCACCUAGCUAUAUUCAUGAUGUCAACAUCUCCAACUGAAAAACACUUUGGGAUCAAUGAGCCUCUGUUUCACAAGGUAGCAGUGCCAGACAGCUACCUGCUGAGGUCUCUAGUGGCGGCUCUACUCUGUUUCCCCAUUGGCAUUAUUGCCCUCUAUCACAGUCUCAAGGUGAACCAUCUCCACCAGAGAGGAAAAGAAGAGGAGGCAAAGAGAGCUGCUUUGCAUGCUGUCACCUAUGCCAGUUGGGCGUUCCUCGGGGCAGUGAUAACUGUGGCCGUCUCAGUCUGCCUGCUGGCUGCUGGCAUCACCUUCUUGAUAUGUUUCGGCAUUGACUGGGAGAAGCGAUAG